AUGGUUUCAAUUGAUAUGCCAGCUGGUCCAUCUGAACUUUUAGUGAUAGCUGAUAACACAAGCAUUCCAGCAUAUGUUGCAUCAGAUCUUUUAUCACAAGCUGAACAUGGGACAGAUUCUCAGUAA